UUUCGGCUCUUUCUGAUUUAUGAUUGGCUCGACCUCACGGUCUUGCCGUUGGGGCUACUCGGCUCCUUCAGCUUGUGUUAUCACUGAAAAUGGCGACCUGGUGUGUACGAGCUGUAAGACAGAGUUACUAUGUUGCGGCAUCGCCUUCAUUACUAAGGGCAUCCCCGCGGCUCCUAUGCACAGCAGCUCAUCAGAAGAGUGGCCAGGGGUCGGAGGAGGACCAGAAGGCUGAGCAGAGCCCUGCAGAAAAGGCCUUGGUUGAGGAGAAGGGUCAGCUGGAGGAGCAGCUUAAGGAGGUCACGGACAAGUACACGCGCUCUCUGGCAGACAUGGAGAACCUCAGGACGAGGAGUCAGAAGAUGGUGGAAGACGCAAAGAAAUAUGGAAUCCAAGGCUUCUGCAAAGACCUGCUGGAGGUGGCAGACAUCUUGGAGAAGGCGACGGACAGUGUGCCCAAGGAGGAGGUGACCUCUCAGAAGAACCCCCACCUGAAGAACCUGUACGAUGGCCUGGUGAUGACAGAGACGCAGAUCCAGAAGGUCUUCGCCAAGCACGGCCUGUUCAAGCUCAACCCCGACGGAGGGCAGAAGUUUGACCCCUAUGAGCAUGAGGCUCUAUUUCACGCCCCCGUGGAGGGUAAAGAGCCUGGCACGGUCGCCAUAGUAACCAAGGUGGGCUACAAGCUCCAUGGGCGCACCCUCCGGCCGGCACUGGUGGGCGUGGCCAAAGCCCCUUAAAAAAAAAAGAGAUUCAGUGUGACUGUGAUGUUGUUGUUGCCUGGGCGACGGAUCACCUUGGGUACAGCAGACUGGUCAGAGCCCCCUCCCCAACCAUCUAACGUUGCCUCAGAGGCAGGAAUCCAACUCGAACUGAUAUCGUUACCAUGGACGACAUCAUCACACAGCCUGUUUUGACUGUGCAUAUCGACUCUCCACCCUUCUCCGGAAGUGUACACUUGCUCACUCCCCGUCAUGAAUUGAAAAGCAUUGGAUUGGUAUAAGCAUUGGCUGGAGGGAGUUUACACUGUCUUUAAAUCCAUGACAGGGAGUGUGCAAGUUUAUACUUUGGGAGAAGGGUAGAUAAUUGGGACAGAGCCCAUGUAUAUGCUGGGAGCAAAUAUGUUUUUACAGAAGUAACACUUGUAAUGGCAUGUAGAGCACAGAACGAGUUUCAUGCAAGUUAUUUCUUUUUUUGUCAUCGGGGUCAGAUUCCAUUCAUCUCUUUGUCCAGUCAUUGUAAUUAUUGUGUUAUGGAUGGGAGAAUGUAAUGGAUCUCAUUUGAUUAUAGACAACUGUUGUCAUCACUAUCAUAACUCUCAUACAAUUGAAUUUAAAAUGAAUUUUUUUCCUGUAAGAUUGUCUUUGGCACAACUUAACCCUGUAAAUUGCUGUUUUAGUAUUGCUUCCAGGAACACUUUUACAUGUACUGUAUACUUCAUUUUCAGAAAUGAUGUCUAGACAAAUUGAUUAUUGUUCAGCUACAAUAGUACAGUAGGACACUGACUGGUUGUCAAAAUGAGACAGAAAUGCUCUGGUCAAAUUGAUUACAGAUUCACCUGAAAUAAGCAACAUGAUGUUGAACCUCUGACGUAAUCAUUCCGGACUUCACUGUACAUCACUGCUUUGGCAGAUGUUGACUUGGUGGUCUAGGAUAGACGGCAUAAUACAGAUUUUGAGUUUAUCCAAUAACUAUUUGAACUGAACAUUAUAGUUGUCCUGUUGAGUGAGUGCCACAGCAUUUAAAUAAACAGAUUUACUUUGUA